AUGUUGUCCAUCUCCCUCGACCCGCUCUCUGCGGCGAAACAAUCUCGACAACCUUCUCACGCUCGGUCGUUGUUCCCACUACCUCGAUCGAACCAUGUCAACCCUGAAGGACAUGCCAGGCCGCCGUACGCUGAUGGACCCGUACAGGUGGUCAAGGGAGUCUGGAUCGGGAACGAAGAGUCGGUCGAGCGAUUCGACGAAUGGGUAGGCGGAGCAAAUCGGGGAAUGAUCGUAAAUGUCGCCAAGGAGUUGGAAGAUCCGUACAAGGGUCAGCAGCAGGAAGAGACCGACCGGACGGAUGUCGACUCGGUAGCGAGGUCGUACGCGGCCAGCGAGGGCCGUCCCGCAUUGACAUACCUGAAACUCGAUUGGACGCACGGAGAGACGGAUCUCGCGAGCGAGGCGACGCACGAGCAAAGUUCGCGAUCGUGGGGUUUCCAAAAGACCAUCGAGAGGAUGGAACAGGCGAGGACGGUAGAAAUCCCGAUCCUGAUCCAUUGUCAAUGCGGCAUAUCUCGCUCGGCGACUUUGAUCAUCGCAUACGUCCUCUGGCUCUCACAUCACGGACUCGUCGAUGAGGAUGGGUUGAAACAGGGAUCCAGCAUGUGGGACGUGAACGACUACGUCAAGGGAAAGAGCGAGUGGGUGGGGCCGAACGUCUCGUGA